AUGAAGAAAAGAAUCGCCGCAAUAACUUCUUUUGGAAUAUUUGAGCUGUACAAAGACACGGAUAAAUCGCAAGAAAAGAAAAACGAGAAGAAAGCAAAUGCAGUCAAUACAAUCGAGGGUCUCAGAAGCUAUAAAUCGAUUGUUCUCAAGCAAUUCAAUGUGGAAAUUGCAAGAAGAAGGGAGAAAACUGGUUAUGUCAGAAAUUAUUUUCAACUCCGGAAAGAUAUAUCGCUUAUUGAUGUAAGAAAACCAUCAAGAAGACUUCUUUUUCACGUCCUUUAUCAAAUCGAAAAAUGGCUCAAAGCAUUUCACGAGCAUGCUGCUUCUUGUCCGCCAAAACUACCGCCCUACGUUCCGGAUAGAAAGGAGAUGAAGAAAGACGAGGAAAUUGUUUCGGCAACGCUUGAAGUUUUGCUGCCAAUUUGGGAAACUCGUUUCGUGACACUCGUUGGGGAUAAGCUCACUGUAUAUAAGGGAAAAGAUGCGAAUUCCGACGUCUUUAUGAGCUCAAAUUUGAAAGAUAUGAUUGUCCAGCCAACAAAGGACGCCUAUUUUCAGAUUUCAGAAAAGUACGAGUCUGAUACCAAAGCAUAUAAUCAUAUCCUCGGCCUCAAAACAACGAAAACAAAGAACCCUGCAACUUGGUUGAAACAGCUGUCGACUUUUUAUGAAAAGGGGACUCCCUCAACCAUCAGAAGAACGCUCGGACAAUCCUCUCUCCCGACCAUGUCCUCGCCAAAUCCAUCCCCAAUGUCGAUCCGUCGCGAAAUCAGCGACCCUACCGGCAAAACCAUCCCUCCAUCACCCAGCAUCGCAAUCAGAUCUCCCAGUCUCCAGAGACUUCACAGAUCAGGAACACACACGACAAUCACAACUACAGACUCGUUAAUGCAGAGUAUCGACGAAGAAGAUCUCACGCUAGAAAAUGAAAAUAAUAAAAUCGGCGAUGCUGAUUCUAGUACUGGUUAUAUCAGCCCCUCAGACAUCGUUUCCCGACCAAAAAUCAGCCACAACAUUACCUCUCCCGCCGAAACCAUCACUCUCCAAGAAUUCCUCGACGAUUCCGAAAAAGCCGAAGGUCGCCAAACCCCCGAAAACAUCGACGAAAUCGAAGUAGACAUCAACAACUCCCUGAAACUUGACGAAACGCAAAUGAUUGUUACGGACAAAGUAGCGGCCUGGAUGAAUAGAGAAAAUCUCGGUCCGAUCAUGGAAGAUUACGAUCCUGUCGGAGACUAUCUGCGUAAUCCGAUGGAUUUUGACGAUGACUCGGAUAGAUCAUCCGGAGUUUCAGAAAAUUCCAAAGAUGAUUGGCUAAAAGAAAGCUUUUCGGCGGCAAAUUCAUAUAAUCUCAACUCUUCAAACGUUUUCCGCGAACGGCCUGUUGCCCGUCCAAAGAAGCCACAAGUUCAAAAUGUUUUCACGGGAAGAUUUGACGAAUUUGACGGCGAGUUUUUUGAGCAUCGCACUUUUCACGAGACGUUUUCGAGCGAGUUUGAUUUUGGAACGCAGUUUGGAAGGAAAAAUACGAAAACGACCACUGAAGUUUUUGAGCAAUUUGUCCCUUGCGUAAGAGAAGAAAGCUGGAAAAAGACGAUACGAGUGGAGACGAAAGAAGAGUCAGAAAUUCUAGAGGCGCCUCCUAGACGUAUCAAAAGAUAA